UCUUUUAAGAAUAAGUUAUUCUUAUGGUUCUUUCAUUCAACAGUUUCUGUUCUCUCUGACUCUCUGCAGACUAAUAAUCUUCACAUUUUUUAAUGGAAACAAAUAACCAGACAUGGGUGAGAGAGUUUAUUCUCCUCGGCCUGUCCAGUGACUGGGACACACAGGUCUCCCUCUUUGUCCUCUUCUUGAUUAUGUACUUGGUGACAGUGCUGGGGAACUUCCUCAUUGUCCUUCUGAUCAGACUGGACAGCCGACUCCACACUCCCAUGUACUUCUUUCUCACCAACCUCUCCCUUGUUGAUGUCUCUUAUGCCACAAGUAUUGUUCCUCAGAUGCUGGCACAUUUUCUUGCAGAACAUAAAGCAAUCCCAUUUGUGAGCUGUGCAGCCCAGUUAUUUUUCUCCUUGGGCUUGGGUGGGAUUGAGUUUGUCCUACUGGCAGUGAUGGCCUACGACCGCUAUGUGGCUGUGUGCGACCCCCUGCGAUACUCAGUCAUCAUGCAUGGAGGGCUCUGUACUAGGUUGGCCAUCACAUCCUGGGUCAGUGGUUCUCUCAACUCUCUCAUGCAGACCAUCAUCACCUUUCAGCUGCCCAUGUGCGCAAACAAGUAUAUUGAUCACAUAUCCUGUGAAAUCCUAGCUGUGGUCAGACUGGCCUGUGUGGACACCUCCUCCAAUGAGAUCAUAAUCAUGGUUUCUAGCAUCGUUCUGCAGAUAUAA